AACAACAAACUUCAGAACAAGCAGAGCAAGUGUAGUCAGUUGACAAUGAAAACAAUUAUCUUCUGACUUAGGAUCAAGCUUGUGAACAAAGAACAGCAUAAACAUGAAAAAGAUUUGCAGCCUUUUGCUGAGUCUACCCUUUUUCUUCAGUGCCCAAGCUAUUCGAGAGAGUGUCCCAAUGCAGAACUUGAGCUGCUACAAUGACUACAAUUCACAGGUGACCUGUACGUGGAUGGAGCAUUCAGAGGCUCAUGUCUUCCUUGGUAUGACUCUUUAUCGAAGGGAUGGUAACAAAAAGAAGAAUGAAGAGAUGCAUUGCAAGCCCCAGGCAGAAAAUGAGUUUCAUAAGGUUCCCAAAUUCUAUAUCCACUGGAUUUGUCACAGCACUGUAGACAGCACUUUUGGAAUAGGGGUAGAUGAUAUUUACAGCUUCAAACCAAACAAGACACUUCAAGCAGAACUGAAUGUUCAUCUUUACAAGAUUGUUCAGCCCCUCCCACCUCAAAACCUGUCAGUCAGCUUGAUGACAUCAGGAGACUUCUUGCUGACAUGGAAAGGAUAUGAAGGAAACCCAGGCCUGAGCAAUGCACUGGAGUAUGAAGUGGCUUACAAGCAGAAGUGGGAGUCCUGGGAGAAUCUCCAGACGAUCGAUAUCGUCAACGAUGAGCCUCCCUUCAUCUUCACCCUCCAGAUGCUGGAAUCAUCUACAAAAUACAGGGGGAGAAUGCGCACAAGGGUGAAUAGUGAUGGAUACCAUGGACCUUGGAGUGAAUGGAGUGAGGAGUUUACAUGGGAAACUGAGAAUAUUCUGUCACCAGUGGUUCUCCCCGUGAUGCUACCAGCCAUCAUCAUCGCUUUGAUAAUAGUUGCUCAUUGCAGCUAUAAGUAUUUCCUCAGGAAGAAGAAAAACUGGGAGGAAAGCAUUCCAAACCCCAGCAAGAGUCUCCUGAUCCAGAGUUACUUGCAGAAAGUACACCUGGGAAACUGGCUGACAAACAGUCAGGUAGACUUCAACAAACACAGCUUUUCUGAGAAGAUGGACCAGGCUAGUUUCCUUCAGGUUGAGGACAGGCAGAAAAAUACUUUGACAGAGUCCUCCGAAUGGCAAGCUGAAAAGGCAGAGGUUUCUCUGAUUGCGUUGGAUCCACAGAACCUAUAUCGUGCUUUAGAUGUUCCAGACCAUGUGCCAGCUGACUGUCCAUCAAAUGAGAUGGCUUAUCCUUCCUUUCCUUUUUCAAGGGAGAACAGUGCUGAUGCAAGCAUUACUUCCCAGACAGCAUUCACUCGCUUUGAUUUCAAUGGGCCGGACUUGUACAGCCCAAUGAUCUCCUCCCAGCCUGAUAUGCAUCAGGCCCUUCAAGCAGUCCCAGCAGGACUCCAUGGGAAAUCAGGGUCCCUUCAGUAUGUCAUCCUCCCAAAGGAAGCCUGUCCCCAGGCUCCACAGAGGCAAGCACAGCCAGGAGUACUUCCUCUGCAGCCCUCCAUGCUCCCACACCAGAAGGAAAUGACGCAGCACCUCAGCAAUGGGGAGGAAAUUUCACCAGCGCAACCAGACCACGGGGAAUGCACGCAUGUGGGAGCAGAAGGGCAGGAAUCUCCAGUGGCUCUUAGCUGUACUGGCUCUCCCCAGCAGUGCUCCUUGGACUACAUCACCACAGAUGGCCUCUUACUGCCAUCAGCCCAAGACUCCAACCAUCUGGCACUCACCGCUGAUGCAGAGCUAGCUUCUGACCCACAGGAGAUCCAGCGCCCUGAGGACUGCUCUUGCUCUGAGUUUUCUCCUGGGAAAUCUGGUGUCGUGGUUGCAGUUUCAGCUCCAACACCAAACCCUUCUCCAGAAUUGCACCUGGAUGCAUUUGGGGACUAUCUUACUGUCCCUCCAUGUCCUCAUGGAACUUCAGAAUCCACAAAUAUUUCCUUACCAGUCUUACCAAAGGGAAAUAAUUUUCCCAAAGAGCAAUCAUUGUCAGGGAGUAAUUUGGUGGUCUUAAACCCUGAUAGCACUGAGCCAGUUUUCCUUUGUGAGAUUGGUGACUACUGCUUCCCCAGCCUAAAACACAGUGAAAAGAUGUGUAUAAGCCAGGAAGAUCCCCAAGUCAAGAAACCUGAGGGCAGGACAUCACCUGGGAAACUUGUAUCUGAUGAUGUAUCCAUCUCUGGCAGAGAACAGAAUGUAAAAAAAAUGCAGGCUAUUCGUCUUUUUAAAAGCCUGAAAUCAGAUGAUUAUUUUCCUUGGCAACAAUCAUCAAGGGUCACAGAAAUCCAUUAA